AUGGCGCAGGAUCCAACAGAUAACGCUGCCGCUGCCGCUGCCGCCGCGGCAGCAGCAGCAGCGCCCAAAAGGGACGGACAGAAACUGUACCUCUGGUCCCGGUCCAACCAGGAACACGUCGGAGAGGGAGCGCCGGGCUCGGAUACGACGACUGCCGCGGCGGCGACGGCGACCCCGGAGCCGCAUCAGAAGAAGCUGGACCCGACCGAAUUCCAGAGCAACUUCCCGCCGCAGGAACGCAACGCCCAGACGGGGUAUCCGUCCGUCGGCGAGGCCAUCAAGACGAUCAAGUGGUCUGACUUCCUCGACGUCUUCCGGACGCCGUGCGCCCGCGAUGGUCUCACCGCCGGCAUUGUUGUCGGUGCGGCCGUCGGAGGCCUGAGAAUGGUUAUGAGGGGUUCACCCAGCAAAGCGGCAAACUGGGCUGUGUACAGUUUUGUGGCGGGCAGCGCCGGGCAAUACGAGUACUGCCAGUACCUGCGGCGGCAGGAGCGCAUCAAGAUGAAGAGGACGGUCGAGGUCUACCAGGAGACCAUGGCGGAGAAGAGGCGCCGGGAGCUGGAGCAGCUCAAGCAGCAACAGCAGGCCGAGGAGGCGGCCAAGGCGAGCCGGAAUGCUUGGUACAAGUUCUGGUAA